CAUAGCUCACAGAUUUCUCGCAGGGAGCGUGAACACAAGGUCUUAACAGAAAAAUCAAGAACAGGAACACACCUAGAAGUAUUACUACUGCAAAACUCAACUGCAUGUUCUAAGGACUCCAGAAAGAAUGAGCUAUUACGGCAGCAGCUACCGAAUUGUAAACGUGGACCCCAAAUACCCAGGCUACUCCCCGGAGCACGUCAUCGCUGAGAAGAAAAGAGCAAGGCGGCGUCUCCUGCACAAAGAUGGCAAUUGCAAUGUGUACUUCAAGCACAUUUUUGGGGAAUGGGGGAGCUACGUGGUUGACAUUUUCACCACCCUGGUGGACACCAAAUGGCGCCACAUGUUUGUGAUCUUUUCUCUGUCUUACAUUCUCUCCUGGUUGAUCUUUGGCUCCAUCUUUUGGCUGAUAGCCUUUCAUCAUGGAGACCUGCUCAACGACCCAGACAUCACACCUUGUGUUGACAAUGUUCACUCUUUCACAGGGGCAUUUUUAUUCUCCCUCGAGACCCAGACCACCAUAGGGUACGGUUAUCGUUGUGUCACUGAGGAGUGCUCGGUGGCAGUGCUCACCGUGAUCCUUCAGUCCAUCUUAAGUUGCAUCAUAAAUACCUUCAUCAUUGGAGCCGCCCUGGCCAAAAUGGCCACUGCCCGAAAGAGAGCCCAGACCAUCCGGUUUAGUUAUUUUGCUCUGAUAGGCAUGAGGGAUGGGAAGCUUUGCCUCAUGUGGCGCAUUGGUGAUUUCCGACCCAAUCACGUGGUGGAAGGAACAGUGAGAGCCCAGCUUCUCCGCUACACGGAAGACAGUGAAGGGCGGAUGACAAUGGCAUUUAAAGACCUCAAAUUAGUCAAUGACCAGAUCAUCCUGGUGACUCCAGUAACAAUCGUUCACGAGAUUGACCACGAGAGUCCUCUGUAUGCCCUGGAUCGCAAAGCAGUGGCCAAAGAUAACUUCGAGAUCUUGGUGACAUUUAUCUACACUGGUGAUUCUACCGGGACAUCUCACCAAUCGAGAAGCUCCUAUGUUCCCCGAGAAAUUCUCUGGGGCCAUAGGUUUAAUGACGUCUUGGAAGUGAAGAGGAAGUAUUAUAAAGUAAACUGCUUACAGUUUGAGGGAAGUGUGGAAGUCUAUGCCCCCUUCUGCAGUGCCAAACAACUGGAUUGGAAAGACCAGCAGCUCCAAAAUAUGGAGAAGUCUUCACCAGUCCGAGAAUCCUGUACUUCAGAUACCAGCAUCAGAAGAAGGUCCUUUAGUGCAGUUGCCAUUGUCAGCAGCUGUGAAAACCCAGAGGAGACCACCAACUCUGCCGAGGACGAGUGUAAGGAAACCCCUUACCGGAAAGCUCUCCUGACUCUAAAUCGAGUCUCCAUAGAGUCCCAGAUGUAGACCUGCAGAGUAGGAGAGCUACCACUUGAUCAUGGUAUCUUCCUGUCAAUCACCUAAGGCAAGUAGUUUAAUCAUGGCUUUAAAAACUGGUACAGUUAUAUUCUCUGGUGAUGGUAGUAAAUAGAGUAGGUUAAACUCAUAAAAGAUAAUAUAUAAAUUCCAUAGUUUUUUGUUAUUAAAAUUUAUUUUUUGCUAGCAAAGUUGGCAUUCGGACUCUAUUAAGAGGACUCAUGGAGCACAUUUCAUCUCCUUUUAUCAUCUCGUUUACUUGGGGAUGCAGUGUUCUGUAAUGGGGGAUAAAGGCGAGAGGCUGAAAUAAGGAAAAACUGGAAGACAGGUACACUAGAAUGAAUAAGGUUUUAAAUCUAUAAAAAAUGAUAACAAUCUACAAAAGUGAUUUUGUAUAAAAAGCAUCCUGUCCUCUCACCAAGAUGUACCAGCCGCGUCUUCAGUACCAUCACGUUGAGAUACGUAAAGGUGAAAAUCGUGGGCCAGGUGGAGUCACUUAAUCUGCCUCUCAUGGUGUCUCCUCAGCAGGCAGAGGCAGAGGCUGUAAGAAAAUGGACAAUGCCAACCAUUCUGAGACUUUUCACUGCCAUUUGCCUGGGUAACUAAUGAGUGCUGGGGCUGAGGAAUCCACGUGGCAGAAGAAAAGUUGACGUUGUUAUUUAGAGCAGCACUACUCUCUCAAAGAACCCCAACAAAUGGGGAACAGAAGUGGGCAGCCAUGACCCUUAUCUGUUCUCUGUUGAGAUCCCCCACUCAUCUGCCUCCCCUCCCCCUUUCAAGGACAGAAUCAUACAGAAGGGGUGAGAAUGGACAUCCUCAGAACCCUUUGAGAGAGAGAACUUUGCCUCUGCCCUGAAAGCCUGCAGUGUAGGCUGCCAUGUAAGGGAUAGAAGUUUUUUUUUUUUUUUUUCCCUUGGAGCAGGUGAGGGGAGAGAGGUGUUUUUAUUUGUGCCCAGAUGUGUCUUGGUCACCUUAUAAAGCAUAGAUGCCUCUAGUUACAAAUUGAAACUAAAAUCUUUUGUUGAACCUGGAACAACCAUUUAAAUUGAUAAUUCUGUGAAAUAUAAUACAAUUAAGAUAAUUUGAAUAUAUACUAAAUGAAUAAUCUAAAUGCUAGAGGAUUGUUUUCCUGUUAGGACAUGAGAUAAAUUUAUAUACUCUGUUUCCAGGCUAAGAGAUAGCAACUUCUGAUUACUUUAGGCACACAUUCAAUUACCUUUGAGGGAAGAAUCACUUUCAGCUUUAUAAAUUGAGGCAUUAUUAGCUACAUUGGGAAUUAUGUGUGUGUGUGUGUGUGUGUGUUCUGUUGUUCUGCUUUGGCAAUAAGUGUAUGCCACAGAUUUUAUUUGUGUAUUUUAUUUAAACAUAGAACUAUAUAGACAUACACAUAGUUUCUGUUUUCUUUCUGGAAAAUCUCUCUCUCCUCUCCCUGUCUCUCCACUUAAAUUCAACUACACAAGUAAACUGAGGUAGAGCGUGAAGUCCAAGAUUUCCAAGAAAAGUAAAAUACAUGGUGUGAAGUUCUUUGCGCUCUUUCUUUUAUUUUCUUCUUGUCCCCAUCUAUUUCUUUCCUUCUCUCCUUCCUUCCUUCUUCUCCCUCUUUCUACUGCCCAGAAGCAAGUUACUUUUUAAAUACACAUGUGAAAAUCUGUCAUUCCUGAUGACUUGGGAAUAAAAGAUUUACUUAGGUCCUACAUUGCAAAACUCUCCUGGACUUUACAAUCAGAGACCUAAGUGAUGAACACUUUGCACAUUUUCUUCUGCCUUGCUUCAGGAAUGCAAAUUCCAUUUUUUAAAUUACACACACGCACACACUGAAGAUUUGGAUUGUAUAGCAGCAAUUAUUGACUAAAUUAGAGUAUUACAAUCUCCAAGGUAGAAAAAAAUAAAUCAACAGGACAAUAAUCAAACCUCCUCCCCUUCAUUUGUUAGUUUGCUUUCCUCAGGUCUAGUUUUCUUUCUCUGUUUUGCUGCCUGGAUGCUCUAUCCAUGAUGCUCACCUUGACAAUAUCAGAAUAGGGGUUUUGACCUCCAAUUAAAUGCAUUUUUUUGUGCUGUGUUCCUCCACAACCAAAUCCUCAAACGAAAGAGAAUGUAAAAUCAGCAUUGAUGUGUACGAGUUGUCUCUAACUUUCUGUGUUGAUUUCUAACACGCUUGGAAACCCCCCAAUGUUAAUAAUAAAUACCUUAAAAUAAUCUUAAACGCAUGUGCAAAUACCU